ACCUUUUAUUUUUAUGCACACCAAGGUAGCUACAGCAACUUGACAUUAUUUACACUUUUGAAUCCAAAGAUAUUACUUUCCAGCUGAUGGUGCACGUCGGAGUCUCUGACUUUGUAAAUAAAAUCACACUGGAACAGAGAGCCUACAACACAGGCUACUAUCUCAAAGAUGUCAAAAGUCAAACUCCUUAUAAGGAAUGCUGUAGGGAGGAGGGGGAGGAGUGUAUCUGUGCUGGGCUGGACAUGAGUCGAGUCAGUGAGGAGAUCAACAGCGCAGAUAACGAGCUGAAAGCAGAGGUCUCUUAUGCUGAUACUGGGAGGUACCUGUGUGACUUUGUGUACUAUAUUUCUCUAUCCAUCAACAAGUCUCGCUCCGCCUUCAUUCAUGUCCCGCCCCUGAAUCAACCAUAUACUGAAGAUCAGUUAGGGGAAGGUGUGGCUAAGGCCAUUUCUGCAAUGCUGAAGUAACUCUUAAAGACCUGAUACUCAACAGUAUAUGACUUAGAACGGACUAAGACUCUCUCUCUCUCUCUCUCUCUUUCUCUCUGACUUAACAAUAAAAUUGUUUUUAUGUUAUGCUUAA